UGUGAACAGACAGAGUAGCAAAGGAGCACCACACGUCACAUCACACCAAGAGGCCAGAGAACAGAGGAGAACAAAUGGAAAAAGAAGAGAAUCUCAACAGCAAAGAGCUGUGUUUGGUGCUGUUGGGAGCAAUCGAAUCAGGCAAAACAUCACUUAUUAGUUCUUUGUUAGGACAGACAGACAGUCAGCCACUGACACGAACAACGAAUUGCAUUGCAUACCAUGGUCAGUUGAAUGGCAAGAGGCUAACUGUCAUUGACACCCCUGGGUGGUACAAUGGCUACCCUGUAAUUGACACAGCUCAGAGAACCAAAGAUGAGCUUGUUUUAAGUGUGAGGAAGUGUCCUCCAGGACCUCACGCAUUCAUCCUUGCCAUUGAGGUCGCCGGUUUUACAGAGAGGAAUCUGAGGGCAGUGAUAGAACACCUUAGGCUUCUGGGUGAAGAUAUCUGGAGGCACACCAUAGUGGUGUUCACCAGAGGAGAAUCUCUGAAUAAAACCAUAGAGGAGCACAUUGAGGAUGGAGAAUCUUUGAAGUGUCUGGUAGAGAAAUGUGGGAACAGAUAUUGUGUCGUUGACGAGAAAAUUGCAGUUCAAGACCAAAUUAUUCAGCUUCUGGAGAAAAUAGAGGCUCUUGUUGACAGUAAUGGUGGCAGGCAUUUUCAGAUGGAUGAGGAAACUUUAAGGAAAGUUGAUGAGAGGAAGAAAGAAGCUCAGCAAAGAGCAAGAGUGCGUCGGCAUCAAGUUGGUGAAAAUAGAAAACAUAUGAGGGAACAAGGUCCCGUGGUUCCAGCAGAUGUGUCUUUCCUGGAGGAACAGAGGAAGAUCACUGAAGACAACAUGAAGAGGAUGUUUGGGGAAAUGGCCUGGAAACACACCAUAGUGCUAUUCAACUGGUGGGACAGUUUAGGGAACACAAGUAUUGAGGAACAUAUCGAGAGUGAAGGAGAACCCCUUAGGUGGCUUGUGGAGAAAUGUGGAAACCGGUACCACGCCCUUGACAUCGUUAACAGAGAAGACGGAUUACAAGUCAGAGAACUGCUGCAGAAGAUUGAUGAACUUGAGGCAAGCCUUGAGUUCUGUGAUCUCACACAAGAGGCCCCGAACACUGAAAUCACACCGAGCUAUGAGGCGGAGGACCAGAUAAAGCCAGAAAUGGUGGAGUUGGUGGAGAAAGAAUGGCACAGAAGGGACAGAGAACUGGAGGAGAAAGUCAGAAGAUUUUGGCAAGAGUCAUUUGGGUCAAAUGACAGUCAGAAGGAUUGGAACCCUUGGUGUAAGUAG